AGGCGACGUGAAGUGCGUGUAAAUAGGACAAGCGAGUCCGUAGUGAUAAUAAUCGGGAUGCGAUAAAGUCCCGCUAGAGAAGUACACCGCUUGCUGCAUACAACGCGUGGCCAUAAUGCGGAGCAUCGUGUUGAAGAACGGCCGACCCGGCAACACAGCCUCGUCCAACGAUUUGGAGAACGAUUUGUUGGUUGAAACGUCGAUUUCGAAACCCUGACGACAAAACGCUAUCUUUAAAAAACAAACCGAAUUGAGAAAUCCUCCUCUUUUGAAGUCGAUUAAAAAACUUAUUUGCAUAUUUUGCGGAAAGAGGAAUUGUUUUUUAAUACCUCACCUAAUUGCUCAAUUUAAAUUACAUUUGUCCCUCGACUCAUAAACAAAAUAACCCAGACUUUAGAGAUUUACAUUGAAACAAUUUUGAAAGUAAAAUGUUGUUUUAAAUAUGUCACCCGAGUUACAAAGAUGGAAUCCUUAAAAUAUACAUCGGGAUGCGAUAAAGUCACGCUAGAAAAGUACACGGCUUGCUGCAUACAACGCGGGGCCAUAAUGCGGAGCAUCGUGUUGAAGUACGGCCGGCCCGGCAACACAGACUUCUCCAACGAUUUAGAGAACGAUUUGUUGGUUGACACGUCUAUUUCGAAACCCUAACGGCAAAACGCUAAUUUUAACUUAAAAUGUUGUUUCAAAUAUGUCAAGUGACAAAGAUAAAGGUAAAUAGAGAAAAUAUGACGUAUUUCAAAUACAACGUAUUACAGGCGGGUGACGUCACACAUUUAACCGUCAAACAGUACAAAGUAAUGUCACUUCGACAGCAUGUUUUCAAGCAGGAGACGUCAGUUUAGGUUUAACCAAUCCUUCGGAGAUCGGAGAUUUCGGUUACGUAACAAUAGAUCAAAAUAUAUAUUUUUAUUUCAUGAUUUUAGUAAUAUUAUCAACUAUUUUUUUGGCAGAAUAGUGAAAUCACUCUCAAUUUUCUUUUUUUUUUAUUAUCGUGAUAUAGGUCGCGGCACUUAACUCUAGCGCUGAACAAAACGCGGAUGGGAUAGCUGCGCAUGGGUACGACUGGAGAGUCAAUCGGCGCAACGCACAACCGUCCGAGCACCUCGUUUCCCCCCAAGACAUCUUAAUUUUUAAUUCUGCGCAAUAACGGUCAGCGCGAGUUUCGUGCCGCGACUCAUACCUCGACUCAUUAUCAAAAUAACCAAGACUUUAGAGAUUUACAUAAAAAAAUUGUGAAAGUAAACUUAAAAUGUUGUCAUAAUUUUAAUUUUUUAAGCAUGUAACUGCUUGAUGUUUAAAUCUAAAGAAAAUAUAACUAGAAAUAAUUACACGCUAUGUUAAUUAAAAUGCACGCAAUUAAAAUGUUGUGUUAAAUAUGUCAAGUGACAAGGAUGGAUGUCUUCAAAUGGACAUCGUGAUACGAUAAAGUCCCGCUAGAGAAGUACAUAAUGCGAAGCAUCGUAUGGAAGAACGGCCGGCCCGGCAACACAGACUCAUCCAACGAUUUGUUGGUGGAUACGUCGACUGACGAUAAAACGUUAUCUUUUAAAAACAAACCGAAUUGAGAAACCCCUCUCUUUUUGAAGUCUAUUAAAAAAAAAUGCAUAGCUUUGCGGAAAGAGGAAUUGUUUUUUUUAUUACCUCACCAAAUUGCUCAAUUUAAAUUACAUUUGUACCUCGACUCAUAAACUAAAUAACCCAGACUUUAGAGAUUUACAUUGAAACAAUUUUGAAAGUAAACUUAAAACGUUGUUUUAAAUAUGUCACCCGAGUGACAAAGAAUCCCGCUAGAAAAGAACACGACUUGCUGCAUACAACGCGGGGCCAUAAUGCGGAGCAUCGUGUUGAAGAACGGCCGGCCCGGCAACUCAGACUUAUCCAUCGAUUUGGAGAAUGAUUUAUUGGUGUAUACGUCGAUUUUGCAACCAUGACGACAAAACGCAAUCAUAAAAAAACUAUAAGUUAGAGAGCGAUUUGUUGGUCGAUACGUCGAUUUCGAAACCCUGACGACUAAACGCUAUCAUCAUAAACAAUACAAUUCUAUUAGUUGGAGAAUGUUUUGUUGGUUGAUACGUGAAUUUCGAAACCCUGACGAUAAAACGGUUUUUUUAUGAUAGUCAUAAAAAAACCGAAUGGAGAACCACCUCCUUUAUUAAAGUUGUUUCAAAAUAUAUUCACAUGACUUUUAGUACAGUCAUUUGACGAGAAAUAUAGUGGUUACCUGGAAAGUUUACCGGGAGUUUUGAUAUUGGUAAUUUUAUAAAAUUUGAGGUGCUCUUUCCGAAUUCCGACUUUGCCACCUCGCAUUUUUGCCGCUCGCACAGCCAUAUUGGAAAAAUGGCGCCUAAAAGCAGUUUUUCGACAAUAUCUCCUUUUCAACCCAUUUUACGAUAAGAAAAGUUAAAUACAAAAUGGAACUAGAGACAAUUGCCUACAAUAUAUCGCACCUCCGGUGCGACACUGUCACUUAUGCAAAAAAAUCAUUUUUUCAGGAGAAGCGUUUAAAACUUUAACAUCCCAAAACAUACAAUAUUUAAAGUUUUUUUUAAAUUUUAUUUAGAUGAAUAGCUAAGCAGUAUAAGCUUUUCAUCACGUAAAAAUCUUUAAAUAUUGUAUGUUUUGGGAUGUCCAAGUUUUAAACGCUCAUCCUGAAAAAAAAAUGUUUUUGCAUAAGUGACAGUGCCGCACCGGAGGUGCGAUAUGUAUCCAUAUUUUUUUUCAUAAAGUCAAUAGUUUUGGCGUACGAGCGCCGCAAAGUGUACUCCGUGUAAGGUAUCUGUGAAGUUAGCUGUUUAUGAGUACAAGUAGAUGAAGUUAGUUGAAUAUUGUACAAAUUUUCUUCGCGGCAUUGGUCAUUUCAAAUUGGCCCGCUUUUAUUGAGACAACUGCGAUCUGUUAGACGGAGCAUUUAGUUUGACUUAAAAAAAAACUUUAUUUGCUCACAAUCACUUUAUUUAUAUAUUUAUGUUUGUUAUUACACUGCUAUAACUUUAUUGUUCACUACUACUUCCUUUUAGUUUUAAGGACAACGAUUCGCGACGGGCUAGUUUACUAGGCCGUUGAAUAGUUCCUCAGAGUUUCCUUGCUGAAGGCCAACCGGCAGGCAGAAACCAGGUCCGUUGUUGGGCAGCAAUUCCACAAAUCAGAACAAGACUAACUGUAAUAUUGAAAUCGCGGGUUUUUAUACAAAAAACAUUGCUGAUCACAAAUUUAAUAUUGGAAAUAAUUAUUCAUUAUAGUUUUCCUAAGUCAGCAACAUUUCUGUAGUAGGCAUUAGGUAGGCAGGUUAUAACACCUCCCCCCAUUAAAACGCAGCAUCCGAGAGAGGGAUGUGAGUAGUAGAGAAAAAGUAAGAUAGAGAAAAAAAAAAGAAAAAAGUAGUAGAACAUCAAUAUUGUAUACAGUUACUUAAUUACAUCCUUAGAAUCGAAGUAGCAUAAAAAUUAAAGGAAACAUAAAAUUGAAAAAUUAUGCAGUUUAAGAGAAAAAACAAUACUUAUAAUCUAAGAUAUAAUUAUUACACAUUUAUUGGAAGUCUAAAUUACGUUUAGGUGAAUUAAUAGAAGAGUUAGAAUCAGAAUUAACGCUAGACAUUUCAAAGUUGGAUACAGUUCUAUCAAGUAUAUUAUUAGAACUUGAAUGAGUUACUGAAGUAUUGUUAUUAGGUUUAGUAUAACAUGAAUUAAAUAUUUUUAUACAACAACUAGUACUUGUAGAGUUACUACGAUUACGCCUAUGUCUAUUUCUACAGCAAAUACAUUUAUAUAACUUAUAAAAUAUGAAACUAAACAUACAUACAGAGGCUAUUGUGGUAAUUAUACUAAAGUAGUUUCCAUAUUUGCUAUGAUAUGGCUGAGUUUGUAUUCGGUCAAGCUCUUCUGUGGCUUGAUUAAGUUUAUGAGAAGCGUAUUGCAACGAAUCUAGAUUUAUAUGAGAGAUAGCCUUACAGGUGUCAGAUAUGGAAUACUGCUAUUUAUUGUCUUUUUGGAACAGCAAUCAUCCUCUAUGAUAUUGAAAUGAGUAGAUGGCAAAUGUAUACUAGAAUGGUAUUCAUUUGCAGCAAUAAACUGUAGCAAUUUAUGAUAAGCUUUGCAGCUUUUCUGCAACUGAAGGAUUCCUGUUCCAACUACAUCAUAGUCUGUCAUCAUAUUAUUACAAUUAACCGAUAGCUUAGAAAUAUCACUUAGUACAUAAAUCCACCUAUUACUAGUUAGUUUUUGCCAAACAUCUAUAUUACCUACAAGCACCUUAUAAUCACACGUCGCGGGUAUUUGGUUCACGUAUUCCGAUAAGAUAGUCACUUCACAGAUUGGAUUUGACACUGAGGAAUGGACACUAUUAAGUUUACACAGAUUGUAAUUGUCUUUUACCACUUUGCAUUUCACUUAGGUUGUCUAAUAAAGAGUAUGUCAACUUAUCCUCUGUUAAGGCUAAAUAUUUAGUUGUAGGAUUAAUCAUGGCGAAUGAAUUAGGGUUGUGUAUAUCAUGGGGUGUAGGCAGAGCAUAAACGUGAUAGAGCUUAUAGUCAGUUAAUAAAGUUAAAGGUAUUCUUAUUAUUAAAAAUUAACUUGUUAUCGCUAAGAAAUGAAGAAAUGUCGGCUAAAUCUAAGAGAAUGUGAGCAUUAUCUAAACUUAUAGGAAGCGGAAAGUUACGAGCUACUAAAUCGUUAUUUGAACUUAGUUCUUUAUAUAGUAGAAUGGGGUUUAGAACAGAAGGAUGAACUACAUUCUGUUUCCCAAAAAGAAUAGCAUCUAUCAGGUCUUUUAAACUAAAAUUAAGGAUAAUCAAGGAACUUUCUAUUGCACUGAAAGUCAUGGCAAGAUGAGUAUUAACUUCUAUCUUAUUAGUAUUUUUUGAAACAGUAUCCAAUAUUUUAUGCAACUUUUCCACAUUGUUAUUCAACGUAAUUUCGUUAGCGUUAAGUUUUUGUAUAGUAUUAUUAAAAGUAGAUAUAGUAGAAGAAAUAAUAUGAAUAUUAUCUUUCAUUAGGGAUGCUAAAUGCCUUUGGUCAUCUUGAACGGCGUUUAUAGCAUCGGUGAAUGUUUUUGCAUCAUCAUCGUCUAGGGAACUAAAGAGCUGUUUUAGGAUAGGACCUCCGACACCAAACCAUGCUGAUCUUUUCUGUUUACGAUGGGACUCCAAGGAAGUUAAAUGAGAUAAUGAGAUAAACUUGUUAUUUACGUUGACAUACAAACUUUCUAGAGGACUUAAUACAUUAGCACAAUCAAUAUGCAUUUCGAAAGAAGAAUAUUUGUUACAAAUGUCUUUAGAAGUAUCUAUUGCUUGUUUAACAUUAUGUAUAUGUGGUUUAAUAUAAGAAAAAUCAAAAUAGGUAAGAAUGUUCCAAUGAUCAUUAUAGAAUUUUAAUAUUCCUAGGGAGUCGAAGUAUACACCGGGACUGUUCACGAUCGGCGUUGUUAUGUUUGCCGAGAUGAGUCCUGGCACGAUGGCCCUGGAAGAGAAUUAUCAUGAGCCAAUUUUAUUUCGUCAAAGUGAUAUCUAAUUUGUUUGCGGUUCAUAAGAAUCGUGACGUUAUUAUUAUUAUGAACUUGAGUGAUUUGAAAGGGGACCAAUAAUUAAUAAUUUGGCGACCUUUCCAGAUUGGUGAUAGCGCUUUUCUGUGGUGAUAUUUUACAUACACCAUGUCUCCAACGUUAUAGUUUACGGCUUUGGUUCUUUUAUCAUAAUAUUGCUUAGCCUUUUCUUUACUACGAAGAAUGUUUUCUCGUGCUAUAUUACGUGAAGUAUUUAGUUUAAGUUUCAAUGUUUUGAUGAGGUCAUUAUAGGUUGCAUUAGGGUGAAUGACGUAAAUGGAGCUGGGUAUAUGUGGCUUACAGCCGAAUAAAAGUUCGUGUGGGGAAAAGUUAGUAGAUGAGUGAAUGCUAGUGUUGUAUGAUAUUAAUGCCGUAGGGAGAUAUUUGUGCCAAUCGUUUUGGUUUUCGUUAACGUAAGAUUUUAAGUAUUCUUUAAGAGUACCAUGGCUACGUUCAAGAGCUCAAUUUGUUUGUGGAUGAUAAGGAGAUGAAAACAGAUGUUUUAUUUUAAAUAGAAAGGUUACUUGAUUGUAAACAUCGGCUAUGAAAUGGACACCUUGAUCUGAAAGAAUAAUUUUAGGAAUGCCAAAAUGGCUCAUAAAUGUUAUAAGUGCUUCUGCUGUUUCUUGGGCAGUAGCUUGUGUAAUAGGGUAUGCCAUGGAGUAUUUUGUAAGGUCGUCCUGGAAGGUGACAAUAUAUCUAUAUUCUGUUGGGCCAGAAUUCGGAAGUGGACCAACUAUGUCGGUGGAUAUCCUUUCUAAAGGUUCACGAGAUGUGGAAGUAAUUUCUAUUGGAGCUUUGUUCGUUGCUCUCAGUGCCUUAUUUUAUUGACACUGACGGCAAGUUUUAGUAUAGGUUUCGAUAUCUGAUUUCAUUCCUUUCCAAUAAUACAAUUCUUUUAAUUUGUUGUAUAAACGAGUAGCACCAAUAUGACCACCAAUAGGGGAAUCAUGAUUGUCCUUCAGAAUGGUUGGGAUAUCUACAGGGGUAGGAUAAAUUAUGUUAUUGUGAUAUAUAUUAACCUUGAUUUUUGUUUUAUGAAAAAGGAAAGCAAUAAUUUCGUAUAUAAGCAUAAAUUGAAGUCUGUCAUAAGGGUUAUUAAAAUCUGAUAUAGAAAUUUCUUGUUUAUCAUUAAAGAAAAUUACAAGGUUAUUUCGAAGUCUUUUGAUUGAUUCAAAUAUAUCCUUAUACGAGGCGGAUUCAUAGUGAUGAAUCUUGAAGAACAAGAGGAAAUAAGUUUUAUUAUUUUUUAAAACUGAACUUAAUUCAUAAAGUUCUCGUUCAGUAGAUUCAAAUAACUGUCUAUCUUCUAGGAGGUUGAGGAUGGUAUCACAGUAAGGAUUUGAAAGAUCUAGAUCAAUAGACGUUGGACAAAUUAUGAGUUGACAUGGGCUAUCUAAAAGGCUUUUGUUAUGUUCUACUAUUUGAGUAUCAAAGUUAGUUGGUGAAGAUCGAGUUUUUAGGAAAGAGUCAUAGGUCAGGUUAUCAGUCGUGUCAAUGUUAUGAAUAUUGUGUAUUGGGGGACGGGAUAGAGCGUCGGCGUUAGAGUUCAUUCUGCCUGAUUUGUAGACUAUUUCAUAAUCGAAUGCCUAACAAUUCUUUUUCGAUUGUGCUAUAGUUACCUUAAGCUUUAUUCAAGGUUCUGGAGGCGUAAGCGAUUGGAAGGUCUUUACCUAUCUCGCCUUGAGAUAAAACGGCACCAAGCGCAUAAUUGGAUGCAUCUGUAGUUAGAAUAAAUUCUUUAGAAAAAUCGGGAUAUUGUAGAAUUGGGGCAUUGGUAAUCAUAUGUUUCAAAUUGUUAAACGCUAAAUUUUGUUCUUCGGUCCAGAUAAAUUCAGUAUCUUUACGUAACAGGGAUGUUAAAGGUUUAGUUAUCUUUGAGAAGUCUUUAAUGAAUUUCCUAUAGGACCCUAUUAAACCUAGGAAGGAUUUCAUGUCUUUGGGAUUUCUAGGCAUAGGAUAAGAAGACACGGCUUUGACUUUAUCAGGAUUGGGGGAUACACCUUUAUUAGUGAUAAUAUGUCCAAGAUAAGCAACUUCGUUUCUCAAGAACUCACAUUUAUCCGAUUGUAACUUAAGGGUAUGUUUUCUGAGAGCAUCAAAGACGAGUUUGAGUUUCUGAAUAUGGGAAGUUAGAUCAUAGGAAUAGAUGAUUACGUCAUCAAGAUAAAUAAAGCAGUGAAGGCCUUGAAGACCAGAUAGCACCGUAUUCAUUAACCUCUGAAAUGUAGCUGGCGCAUUUUUCAAGCCAAACGGCAUUCGAGUGUACUCGUAGUGACCGUUGGGAACAGAGAAAGCAGUUUUAGAUGCAUCACCUUCGUGCAUUUUAAUCUGGUGGAAUCCAGAGGCAAGAUCUAGAGUACUAAAGUAUUUACUAUGCCCUAAUUGGUCUAAUAUUUCUGUAAUAUUAGGUAUUGGAUACGCGUCUCCGAUAGUAACAUCAUUCAAUUUUCUGUAGUCGACAACUAUACGCCAUUUCUUUUGACCGGAGGCAUCCUGUUUUUUAGUGACAACCCAGAUAGGAGAAGACCACGGGGAAUUUGAAGGUUUAAUAAUGUUUUCUUUUAACAUCUUUUGAAUCUGUCUAUUGACUUCCUGUUUGUGACACUCAAGGUACCUGUAAGUUUUGGCAUGAAUCGGUUGGGAGUUAGUAGUUUUGAUCCCAUGAGUCAAAGUAUCGGUACAUGUUAGUUGGUCUCCUUCUAGAUAGAAAAGAUUUGAGUAUUCUGAACAUAGUUCCAGGAAUGCCUUGGAUUCUUCGACAUUAAGAUGGGAAGUUCUAAUUUGCUCUUUUACUUUGUAUAUCCUAUUUGGUGGAGUAACAGUGUUAAUCUGUGAAGUUGAUACUGGAUUUAGAAAUGAUUCGUUUAAGAUAUGGCAAGGGUGUAAUUCUACAUUGAGGGAGUGUAUAGUAAUGUUAUCAUCUGUGGUAUUGAGUAUAGAGACGUUAAUAUGUUUAUUUCUUUUAACAGACACAAGACAAUUAGACAAGUAUACACCUUGUUGUAUUUCCUUUUUAUCUACAUAACCUAAUAAAACUUCGGGAUUAGACGCUUCACAUUCUAUUAUCAUUUCAGAACGAGCUGGUAUUUAUUACAUAAUGAGGUUUGGUAAAAUGUAGUUUUACUUUACUAUUAUUUAUCAGUAAGCAAUCAUUUUUGUAAUCAAUGCUGGAGGUAUAUAAUCUAAGGAAAUCGUUUCCUACUAUACCAUCAAAAUUAAUCUCAACUGAGUCUGGAAUUAGAUGGAAAGUUCCAUAUAUGGUUUCGGAAUUUGACAAAAUAAUAUCUAAUUGGAAAUGACCUAAACUAAGAGAAUGAUCGGCAUUUUUAUCUAUACCUUUGAAUUUAAUAUUUUUUUAAAUUUAUUAAGGUAGGUUGCUUUUCUAGUGAAGAUUUCUUAAGUAAAGAUACAAUGGAACCAGAAUCGACCAGAAGUAUUAAGGGUUUAGAAGAGUACUGAGAGUUUAUAUAUAUAUAAGGCAAAUGUGUAUUGGAAUUGGAAUUUAUUUCGUGUAUAUAUAAUGGUUGCGAGUUAGUAUUGGAUUGUUCUUCGGUUUCUGUGUGUCUUUUAGGUUUUUGGUUUUUCUUUGGCUUAGGACGAGAAGCUUUGACAGAUUCAGUAGUAGAAUUCGAUUUUCUAUGUCGGGAUAUAGGAUUUUUACGGGAUUAAGCAGGAUUAGUUUGUUUACUAGAAAUGCAGGGUAGGCCAGAGUUACAAGAUGCAGUGGGUUUAGAAAUUUCAGUAGAGUUAGGGGGUUCGGUAGAUUCACAAGGAAUAUUGGAAUUAGUAAAUGUAUCUAAGUAGCUAGUGUUAAGUUGAAAAGGUUUAAUAAGUUCGGAAGAAAUGGUAGUAUGCACAGUGGAAUUGGUAGAUACACUGGGAGUGGUAGAUACAGUGGAGCUAGUAGAUACGGCGGGAUUGGUUGAUUCAGUGGAGAAAGUGGAUACAGUGGAGAUAGUAGGUUCAGCGGAAAUGGUAGAUACAGCGGAAUUAGUAGAUACAGUGGAGUACAUAGGUUCGCUGGAAUUGGCAGAUACAGCGGAGUUAGUAGAUACAGCGGAAUUAGUAGAUUCAGUGGAAAUAGUAGGUACAAUGGAGAUAGUAGGUUCAUUGGAAAUAGUAGAUACAGCGGAGUUAGCGGAUACAGUGGACUUAGUAAAAUUGAUAAAUUUAUUAUAGUUAUUGGAUUUAGGAGGACUUAUGAUAGAUUGAUCAUUGACAUGGUAAAUGGCGUCGUUAUAGUUCAAUGGUUCCGCAUGACGACGCUCAGGCGGAACUCUUCUUAGUUUAAAGACUCGGAAUAGUAAGAAUUAUUAUUAAAAGGUUGUGAAAAUUUGUCGUUAUAAUUAGUAUGGUUAAUAUAUUCUCCUGAUAUAUUAUGAAUUUGUCUAUUCUGAUUCUGCGGUGAGUUGUUGUAUUGUCUUUUACGGCAGUCUUUUAUAUCAUGGCCAGGGUGUUUAUAAUAGCGACAAAUAUUGGUUGGUGGUUGUUGCGAAGUGGAAGGUCUAUCGAAAGAAACGUUGUGAAUUGGGCGCUGCCUAUUUAAUAGACAGUUUCUGUCAAUGUGACCUAUGCGGCCACAGGUUCGGCACCUAGGUCUUAUAUCAAGUGUUUUUGUAGAUUGGACAAGGUUAUAAAGCUUUUCUUCUUGAAUGGCUCAAUUUAUUGCCUCACCCAAGGUAGACGGGUUCCUACAUCUUAAUAUGUUGGAGAUGUUACUAGGUACUCCUAAUAAAAAUGUAUGUAAGGCUAGGUCUUCAGUAUUUGCUAUUCGCCCUUUCAGUUCACUCUGGUCCACGGUAGAAUGCGUGAUAUCUGUUUGUAACCUAGUUAAAUAUGUUUCUAACCGUAAGCUAUACUGUGAUAUGGAUUCGUUAGGUUUUUGUUUGCAGCUCUGUAAAUCUAAUAAUAAGUGAUCUUUAUGUUUAAUUUCCCCGAAUGUAGUCUUAAGGAAUGAUUUUAGUUCAACCCAACUGUCAAAAAAUUUCAGUGAGCAAGCCGUUUCGACUUUCCCCUCUAACUGCGAUAAAAUAUAUUUAAAGAGAAUAUCGCAUUGUGCGCUGGACGCGAGGUUUUUUGCAUUGUCACAGUUACGUAAAAAUGACGAUAAUUUAUUUCUAUCCCCAUCGAAGGGCUUUAUAAAUUUUGUAAGAAAACUUACAGAUGUGUUUUCUUUUUCACCCGGUACAGUUACGCUAGACAACCCAGAUAGUUCUAAUUUUACUUUUUCGUUAGCCAUGAUCACUUUUUAUUAAGAUUAGAACAAAAAAUAAUCCAAUUAAGAGAUAAUAAGUUGAUUAAAAUAUAACGUUAUUAUUAUGCACUCACAGAAAUAGUAUCGCGGUCAUUUGUUGAUACAGCGUUUUUCACGGUGCGGCGAUAAGUAGGUCAGACGGCUUAGCGUCGGCUAUCCGGAGUUAUGCAGUAAAUGCUCGAUGCGUAAACGAAGUCGUGCUAUGUGUUAGCACGGUUGAAGCGGAGUCUUCUUCUGAGUGGUGCGAAGCCUUCUUCUGUGUGAUGCGCUGGGUAAAGAACCCUCGGCACAUCAACGCGAAGUCAGUCAGUAGUGAUGAUGAUCGUCGAUGGUUGAAGCUGGAGUGGCUGACACACCUCUAUGUCAGAGAGACGGUCGGGCGGCAGGCUGGCAGCUCAAGCAAACCCACGGGAUGGGCUUAUGUCGUCGGCAGUAAUUCUGGUCGUCGUCAGGAGUAGGCGACCAUCAGGGAGUAAAUCCCACUUCUGACACCAAAUAUUAGACGGAGCACUUAGUUUGAUUUAAAAAAAACUUUAUUUGCUCACAAUCACUUUAUUUAUAUAUUUAUGUUUGUUAUUACACUGCUAUCACUUUAUUGUUCACUACUACUUCCUUUUAGUUUUAAGGAUAACGAUUCGCGACGGGCUAGUUUACUAGGCCGUUGAAUAGUUCCUCAGAGUUUCCUUGCUGAAGGCCAACCGGCAGGCAGAAACCAGGUCAGUUGUUGGGCAGCAAUUCCACAAAUCAGAACAAGACUAACUGUAAUAUUGAAAUCGCGGGUUUUUAUACAAAAAAUAUUGCUGAUCACAAAUUUAAUAUUGGAAAUAACUAUUCAUUAUAGUUUUCCUAAGUCAGCAACAUUUCUGUAGUAGGCAUUAGGUAGGCAGGUUAUAACAGAUCGUUACGCAGCGCCUCACUUAUUUUGUCCAUAUAUCUGGGACACUAUUUUCUACAGCGAUCGUUCUCCUUAUCUCUAACCUCCAUGGUUCCAUACUUUACUGUGGAUGGUAGUUGGAACCUACGUUAAUCAAAUAGACAUUAUCUUUCAUAAAUUUUUGGGAAAUAAAUUAAAUGUCAUAGUGAAAAGUUGCACUCGGUGUCUAGGUGUGGAACGCGGCCUGAUAUCUACGCACUCGCACUAUAAUCUCAUUGACAUUGGCAUAUCCUGUGAAUAUCAUGUUUGUUUGUUGUUAGGUAUAUUUUUAGCUGCGCCUGCUCUCGUCGCGUUUCAAAUAUUUAAAUUUCCCACAAAAUUUUCGCACUACAAUAUCAUUAAUUUCUUGCUCGAAAAGAAAUUGUAUGAACAAAUGUUAAUGAAGGCACAACUUAAAAGUAAUAGAGUUUACAUAAAAAUAAAAUGAGGCCUAUUUGAAUUACAGGCAUAUUCCCUAUUAAGUAUAAUAUUAAGUAUUUAUAUUACAAGCAUUAAUCCUCUUGAUUUUCAAAUCUAAGAAAAUUUACUAUGGAAAAAGUUAUUUGGAUAAAUAUUACUUCUAAUAUAGGUUUUUAAGUGUGGAUCUGAUGUUACAUAUUUGCAGUUUUUAACCUAACAGUUUGCCAUUGCUUGGCGUUGUAAUCAAAGCGCGAUCGAAACGCGACUGUUUGAAAAUUACGCACAAUAAACAUUGUUUGUGAGUCUUAAUUCUUUUUAAACGUCAAUAUACAUUAGAACGCCGAUUAUCCGAACGCCGAUUAACCGAAUCGCCAAUUAUCCGAAUCGGUCCUAAGCGUGAUAUAAAAAAUUAAAACCAAGUCAUUUUUGUUAUCUUUUGUUAUAACAAGUUGGAACUUGCUGAAGUCCAAAUGUAUUUCAACUGUUAUGGUUGAAAGCUAGUGGCAAGACACUACUACUAUGUACGGCUACUAUGUACCUCUAUUAAUGCAUCUAGUACUGAAGAACUGUUUGUUAAACUUAAUAAAGUUUAUGUCCGAUUAUCCGAAUUUUCAAUUAUCUGAAUCGACCCCGGUCCCAAUUAAUCCGGAUAAUCGGCGUUCUACAGUCCUACAAUUAUUUAUACCUGUUGCCUGGUUGCUUUAAGGAAUGUAGUGAAGUUAGCAGGCGGUGGUGAUGGAUGGCGACGUAAUAGAGCACACUGUGGGAAUUCUUCUGCCAAUUUCUCCGCCACACUAACGUUGGCUAGCAACAUGAACUCUUCAACCAUGGAGUUGGUGUCCAUUAUCUUCUUCGCUUGAACCUCCACAGGGUCGUGAGUUUCGGAAUCAACCUGUGAUAAAGUAAGAUUGUGAAGUGAGGAGCUCGAUUGCGCAGGUGGUUAGCGUUGUUCAGCUGCGAUCGUUGAAGUUAAGCAACUUUCGCAGUGGUCGGUCAUUAGAUGGGUGACCAAAAAUUCCCGAGUUCCUCCGUGCUUCGGAAGGCACGUUAAGCGGUUGGUCCCGGCUGCAUCUGCAGUCGUUAGCACCCUCCAAUCCGCACUGGGCCCGCGUGGUGGGUCAUGACCCAAUCUCACUAUUCCAUCCAUAGGGAAGGCCUGUGCCGCAGCACAAUUUCUUAGCAAUAUAGGUGACCCACAAUGUUAAACGAAAUACCUUUACAAAUAUUAAACGUUUGAAAGAAGAAAUAACAACUGUAGUAUAUUAUAUUUUUAUUUUAACUUUUAAAGUUGAAAUAAUGACCAAAAACAAAGUUUUGGUGACGUGUUUAAUGCUGGCACUUCACAUAACUAUUCGUAUCUGAUCUUUGUUAUAUCGACAGCAAAGCUUUGCUAUCUCGUCUUGUCCUAUUCAUACCCUUUAAUGAGUGAAAAGGAAAGACUGUUAAAGUAAGUUUACAAAGAGCAAAUACGAAUAGCUACGUCAAGUACCGGCAUUAUAGAAAACCCUCUAAAAUGCCCAUGCUUAUACGACAUGCAAAAAUUUUGUUUAAUAGCCGACAAAAAACCUUACACUUUUUUAAUCUUAAAAUUCCACAAUGGAUUGUAUUGUAAGUGCACUGUUGCAUACCUUAAAGAGAUAUUAAAUGAAAAAUAACACUUCGAAAAUAGGCAGUUCAGUCUUUGUAAUAAAGGGAAUAAUUUAUACAAAAAUUACUAAAAUAAAACGUAUUAUAAUAAGCACUUAUAUGCCAAAAUUGGACCAUCUAUUACUGUCACCGAAGACAUUUUACCUGAAAACGUAUUUCGGGCGAGGCAAGUAACAAGGCACCGUUGUCCAAACGCUUUUGUUUAAGUUUCUUAGCCAACGCAUUCAAAGUACGCAACGAUCUAGCUAUCUCAUCCUUUCGGGAACUAUUGUCAAUCGUUAUUUGUGCUUCUUCAUAAGUCAUCGCCGCUGCCGACUGAAGAAAAAAAAAGAAACUUAGAAUCCAAACUUAUAAAUGCAAAAUUGGGUCGGUCUGUUAACUAUUCACGCUCAAACAGCUGAACUGGUUUAGAUGAAAUUUGGUAUAGAGAUACUUUCGAGUCUCGAAAAAUUCCAGAAAUCAUUCUGAAAGAAUGAAAAGGACGCAGGCUCUCCCCUCUAAUUUAAAAUAAAUUAGAAGAGACUCGUGUUUCAUGUUGGUAGCCUCAUUUAAUGGAAAUAUUUAGAUCUACUUCGAGCUAAAAGAAUAGGCCCGGCAAGCUAAAUAACACUUACCUUUAUAACGCUUUUAUGGAACUUUGUAGACAGCACAUUUGCAUUCUCGUCAAUUUCCCAGACGCAUGAAAAUGCUAAUCUCUCUUCUCCUCCUCGAAGCGAACACAAGUUGGAACUCAGCAAAUCUGAGCAUCAAACAGAUAGGUAACCACAUUUCAAUGAUAUCACAAUGACUUUGUUUAAAUCAUAAGACUCCCAACUGUUGGUAAUUUCAUUUUGUAUGAAGUUAUUAACUAUUAUAUUACUGAAUUUUAAGUUAAUUAUUUAUUUCAUAUAUAAAAUUCUCGUGUCAUUGAACUACUCCGAAACGGCUCGACCGAUUUUCGUAAAAUUUUAUAUGCAUAUUCAGUAGGUCUGAGAAUCGGACAACAUCUAUUUUUCAUCCCCCUGAAUGUUAAGCGUGGUCCACCCUUAAAUUUUUUUUGACAAUUUUUUUUGUUUUAGUUUUUUUAUGAUACAAAAAUACAUAUAACCCUUAAUUUUCACCCUCGUACCAUCAUCCCCUAUUUAUUUAUGGCGGUAAAAUGUUCGCUGCGACAGCUAGUUUUUUUUUUUUAAAUCGGUUUUUACAUCACUGAGUACAUUUUUUUCUACCUCUAAAAUGCUAAGCGGCCGACUUUCGGCCCCUCGCGACCCCACAUAUUCUAUGGAAAAUAUAACAUUCAUUCUUUUUGCUAUCACCUACAUUCUUAUAUCAAUUUGUAGAGGAAAGAACAGGCUAGCUAUCUAGCCACUGAUUAAGUCAACUGCCAUAUGAGAUAUUAUACUGUUGUCUGUGUAAGUUCGUCGUUCGCCGUUUUUUGUAUGAAAAGAAAUAUGCCGUGUAUUCAGACUAUUUUAAAUGUUUUCAGUGGUUUUAAAGAAAAAAAACACCAUGCCUGGGUAAGUUAAAUACAUUAAGUUACUCUAUUUUGAUGUUACGUUUGCGGGAUUAAGUGUUUUUUUUUUCAGAAUUAUUUUGUUCAAGAUCUCGUAAAAAAAACAAUAAAAAAAAGGGUUCGUGGCUAUUUUCAUGGUGAUAAUUUCGAUAAGAAUUGUAAUGUUUUAAGUUAUAAUUAUUGAAUAAAUUAUUCAUGAUUAAUAUUUCGAAUACAGAGAAUCUCUCGAGUUCGUAUUUUUGAAGAAAUAAAAAAAAACAAAAGACGCGCAGUGUAACGGUCGUUCUAGAUUCAAAUAUUCGAAAGAAAUAUUUUUUCAUAUUAUUUUCUUGUAUAUAUUCUACUACGAACUAGUGAUUAGUUUUUAUUUAUUCUAAAGCAAAUUUACUGUACAUUUUGAUUAAAGAAACUGUUUAUCAAAAUGAUAAAUACUUUUAGUUUUCUCGACAUAAAAUUGAGAUAACUGAUUUGUAAGCGAUUUUCAAAUGUGAGUUCUUGAAACUAUAAAAUGAACAAAGACUAUUCAUCCGACACUUCUUAUUAGUGUUACAUUAACAAUCCAACGGAACCCUUAAGCCAUAAAUCAUGGCACUUACCGAGCUCAUUAGUUCUUAUCGCCUGCUUGAAACCCGACACCUGUUUUUACCCGGCUGCGCAAUGCAAGAGCGCGAAGCGCGACGCGCAGACAGGGUUAUGUGUUUAACAGUCUAUAUAUGUAUGUUUGUUCCUUUGUGGCACACUAGAGACCAAACGCCUGGACCGAUUUUGAUGAUUCAUACAUCAAUCGAUUCGUCUCAAUCAUGGAAGUGCUACUAAAGAUAUGAUAGUAAUCAAAAUUCAAUAUGGGCAAAAUUAGGCGCCAUAUUGUGACGAAGUAAAAAAAGAAGUUGACAAAAUAUGUCGAGUGGGGUAUCACUGUCUAGAUAAUCAAAAAUCAUAUUUAGGUUCCUAACACCAUUUUUCAUUUUAUAUGAUUGUUUAGGAUCUACAACGCUUUAAAGUUGUAUAUUAACCACUUACGCUUUAAUUUCAAUCUUACGUUUGUAUGGAUCUUUGUUACUCUUUCACCUAAAAAAUACUGAAUGGAUUUUAAUGAAACUUAACAGUAAUAUAGCUCAUAUAUGAUAACUGCAUAUAUAUAAUAAUUUAUGUAGUUAUUGAGUGAAUUGGCCAAUAUAUAGCAAUAAGUGUCUCAUAAGACGGAAAAAAAUGUCCCAUCUGCGAGCCAUUUUGGCCUGCACUGCAAAAACAAUAAAAGUUACAUGAAUGUAAUGUAGAGUGAAAAUGUAUCUCUUAAAUAGUUCUAAAAAAAAGUCCGUGACACCAUAUAUCUAUUUUUAAUGUGUAAGUCAUUAAAGCUAAAAUAGUGAAUCAAAACCAAAAUAUUAUUUGAUAUCUAUUUCCAAAAUGCACAUUUUGUAUUAACAAAUCAUUUUUUAUCAAAACAAAUACUUUAAUCGCUUUUGAUGUUUAAAGACGAUAAACUUUGCUUUUUACAUUAUGUUAUUUCGACAAAUAUUUAAAAAGUUACAACGAUGACAAAGUGAUAGCGCGGUGUACUAUGUAAAAGAAAAAAAUGGGGUUUUCGCAGUAUCUGAUCCUAUAGGAAGUACUAACAUUAAAACUUUGAUACAGUUCCUUUUUAUUAAAUGAUGAAAAAUAUAUUAUCAUAAUAGGUAUUUAUGAUUAUUGAAUUUUAAUGAAAAACUCAGAAUUUUACUGUUUUUCAUUUUUUUAACGAUAUUACUUAAGGUUACAAAAAAGGUUUACUUAAUAUAAUGACAAAUAACCCAUUUUUCGCUAGUAAGUACAUACUUAUUGGAAUCCCUGUAUUUAUUAAUCAGCUCGCGAUAAUAUUGGUUUUGUAAUAAUUCUGCAAAAUUCAAAGUAAAUAAUGUAGAUUUUUAUAGGUAAAUCACCCCUUUCAUCACCCUACGCCUAUAAAUAUUGCGAUGUUGUAGCUAAGAACCAAGUUCCCAUCUACUUCUAUAUGGGAAUUCAUUAUAUUCGAUUUAGCUAUUAGGGCACGGAAGCGCAACAAACAAACUCACUUUCGCAUCUAUAAUAUUAUAUUAUACUUACUAGUGAUCCACCCGGGCAUUGUACGGGCGAAAUUUAUUUAUCGGGAUAAAAUAUAGCCUAUGUCACUCAGACAAAAUGUAUUUAAAUAAAGAAAAAUCUUAUAAUAAAUAAUGUAGCUACCUUAUGAUGAAUUAAUAUUUGAAACCGGUUCAGUAGUUUGACAGAUUAUUUGUUACAAACAUACAAAUCUUGCCUCUUUAUAAUAUUAGUAUAGAUAGUUAGGAUAACAUAAGUAUUUAAUUGAUGAAAAAGAUUUAAAAAUAAAGUAAGUAAUAGGUUUAUUUGAUUAUAUUUGUAAAAGUUACUUAGCAUUUGUGCUUAACAGUGAUACGUUAUUCGGUAUUUUUAUAACAAAAAAAAAUUGGAAAAUAAUUGCCAUGAUUGCACUACUGGGAGAACUCUUCAUUCGAGCUUUACACUACCAAUAAAAAAGUGUUAAAUGUGAACGCUUUAAAAGAAAACUACAAAGAGAACUAUAAAUUGAUAAUAAAUGAGAUUGCUAUGGUGCUCUACCUAACGUUAUGAAAAUUUUAUUAUGCGCCUUUAGUUUAAUCAAAUAUUAUAAACUUUGCUUUGGUGAUUGCAUAAUUAUUUAAUUUAGUGAUCUAAGGCAGUUACCACCAUUGUCCAAAACAACAGACGGGAAUUACUUCUUUCUUCAACCUGCGACAUAAACGUCAUUGAUUGGUAUUGUAUAUAGGGUGAUUAAAAACAUUUGAAGUUAACUUCUGGCAUCUACAUAUUGGGUUUCUGUGAAUUAUGUAGGUAUAUCAAAUUAUGAGACUAGGGACUGACACUGAAUUUGUGUAUAUCACAAUCUUAGACGUCGGGCAUUGACAUGACAAUGCAGCCACUGCCAAUUUUAAAUAGUCGACGAAUAAAAGUAAAUGAAUUUUAUAGUUACUGCUAAACUAUUAAAAAAACAUAAACAAAAGAUGACUUUUUGAGUAGGUGCUAGUUUACUAUAAAAUUUACAUACAUUAGAGAUAUUUAUUGACGAUGAUAGUAACGACUUGAUUUAACUUCACACAUUUUUGCGAAAAUUGAGGCCCAUCUGUAGCCUUGACCUCGCUGGUAAAGUCUUUAUAUGUCUUAAUAAAUCAAUCUUUUAGACCGACGCAAGGUACUUAAUAAUUUCCGCGAUAUUAAUUCCCUUACUGAAGUAACAAGACUACGGUAUAUACCGUCUUAAAAUACUAACUAAAAAGUGUGAAAUAAAAAAGGUAAAUUUAAAAAAUCAAAAAACCCGACUGCUUAAUUAUUCUUCAAAUAAAAACUGAAAAGAAAAAAACAAGUCCAGUAGUCUAUAAUUCUGUUAAUAAGGAACAAAGCUACUUUAACAGUCGGGAUCCACUGUUGAAAAAUAUUAUGUAUUCUUGAAUAUCUAAUGGGUCCCGACUGUUAAAGUAGCUUUGUUCCUUAUUAACAGAAUUAUAGACUACUGGACUUGUUUUUUUCUUUUCAGUUUUUAUUUGAAGAAUAAUUAAGCAGUCGGGUUUUUUGUUUUUUUAAAUUUACCUUUUUUUUCUAUUGAGUGUUUGUUUACGCAUCUGGCGCGCGGAUUGUUAGACGUAUAGUGUAAAAUUAAAUUGUAGGAGUAUGGUCUUUUAUGAUUUUAUUUGGUAAGUUAUAAUAGAAUGUGCAAAUAACAAAAAAACCUGGACUUAAAAACUUACAAAUACUGAAAAUAUACCCUAUUUUACCCAUAUAAACGUCUUUUUUUAUCUUUCUCGAGUUUACCGUUACGUAAUUAAAAUAUAUUACAGACAUGACGCAUUGUGUACACACUGUUAUAUAGUAAAUUUUAUGGAGAAUCCAAAUAUAUAUAGUUUGUGUAGGGUAUUCUUACGAAGUAACAGAGAAAUCGGCAAAACAUUGCAAUCAUUCCCACCCAGCGGGGGGUUGACGGAUGACGUCAUCGGUUGACGGUGAGAACGGCGCAUGACCAUUAGCAUAUGAGAAGUUAAAACACUAACCUGGUACCAUAUCAAUCCUCCGAUCGACCAGAUAAACCGUGGUAGACCUAGAAGCGGCUUCCUUAUCCAGCGCAGUGUUCGGACGCACAAAAUACGUGACGUCAGCAAUAUGGACGCCCACUUCAUACUUCUUCAAGCCGUCAGCAGUAACGCCAUCUAUUGGCCGAGCGUGCAAUGCAUCGUCUAUGUCGGUACAACCAGGUGGGUCCACGGAGCAGAUGCAUAUGGAUCGGAGAUCAACGCGUUUCUUUAUCUCCUAUAUUCAAAAAUAUUAAAUGAAUAAAUAAAGACAGUGAUCAACAAUUAAAAAUACUGCUAAGUUAAUUUAACACCAUCUUUUGGGCGAGCGUGCAACGCGUCGUCUUUGUCGAUACAACCGGUGGGUCCAAGGAACAUAUAUGAAGAGCUGGCGAAUAAAUCAGUAUAAUUACGCAUAUGGUUUUGACCAUAUACUACUUUUCUUUUUUUCAGCUCGGCGGUUUUGGGCCAGCUGAAUUUGAAUUUCAACUCAUGUCAAUAAAAACCACCUAAAAUAGUGUUAAAAUUACUAAAUUAAAAAUCACGCCAAAAGCUCACUGUAGAUAUGUCAUUCAUUUUUUUACUGCUCCUGUAAUAUUUAAUUUUAUGUAAUUAUACCGUUUUGUUCGCCAGCUCCUCAUAUUAUGGAUUGGACAUCUGCUCGUUUCUUUGUCUCCUGUGUAAUGUUUAAAAUUAUAAUACAUAAUACGUAUGAGCACAGUACUCAACAAUUAAGAAUAACCCUUUAAAAAUACACAGAGUGGAACUGAUAGUGAAGUACCAGGAGAACUCAUAAGCAAUUAUCGUCACUGAAUAAGGAAAAGCAAUAUUCUGUCUAAGAUAAUUAGCAAUUUCCAUUGGGUUAGUGUAACUGUAUAAUUAAAUAUAUGAAAAUUCAUCAUUUUUGCUAGAAUCGUUUUUUUAUAUAUAUUUUUUUAUGCAUUUUGCAUAAUUGCUUAGCUCAAACUGCCACUGAUUUUAUCCACAAAACAUAAUAAUAAUAAAUUACAACUAGUGAUGUAAGCAGAGGAAAAUUAUGUAGUAGUAAGUCAUACCUCUUCAGGUAUUGUCCAAUCAUUGGGUGGUAAGCAAGCCAACACCGCCUCACUAAAUCUGGCAUGAGGCACAUCAUGUUCUAACAGUAUCACUUCAUUUUCAGCAUCUUUGUCACCUGGAUGAUAGAAAAAUAUCUUUUGAUACCAAAAAAUCAACUGUGGCAAAAAGAUUGUUUCCAUUUUCGACCUUAUAGUACUGUUAUUACAAAUCACUGGUAAGAAUGUAAGUGCAUCAGUCGAUUCAACCGCAUUGCCUGAGCCAAAUCAGAUAAGUUGUCAAAAGAUUUUCAUAUAAAGAAUUAAAAAUCAUUUUGGUGGGCUUGUAUAGGUGUUUCACAGUUGGAUUUUCAGAGUGAGGUUUCAUAGGAUUUCAUGUCAUUUCAUUUCAAAAUUAAGAUAAUAUUCUCUAGGAUUGCAAGUUUCAUCUUACCAAUGGGUCCAAGGGCUCUAACAAAGUGUCCCAGGGGGUAUCUGCUAUUCCUAGGCCAGGAAUCUAAUGCGACCAGAAUCCUCUGUGAGGCGAGUACGUCGCUCUGUCGUGUUUCUAUACGAACGCGCGGUAUUCGCUUUUCAGCCGGUGUGAAUAAGUGACGAGUUGCACCUAACAAUAAAAUAAUCCUUCUGUUUAGAAAUAUUGAAUUUCAGACAGCUAAAACUAAAUAUAGGUUAUGUUAAUAAAAAACUAUUAACACAAAAUCAAAAUUUUUGGAGCCAAGAAAGUUUCCAUUACACCCGUACACAGUUACUUACAUACAGUCUUGCUAUCCUAAUAAACUGUUAUUAGCCUGAAACAAUCUCAUAAUUCUUAAUUAAAAGCUAUACUGGUUACCUGGAAAUUUACUUGGCAUCAAUAUCCCACAAUACUGUCUCCAUUUCCUUCUGAUAAUGCCUACCACUUUCCCAGUAGGUGUUAUUUCAUCUUUGCUACUGUCUAGCGGUUUAGCUGAACUCAGUAGCGCUGAUUCUUCUUCUAAGAGAUCACCAGGAUCAUCAGCCUUAUCUUCAAGUACUAUAUCACUUGGCUUUCUCCAUUCUUCUUCAGGAAACACCUCAAUUGCUACGAGAUCUCCAUCAACAGCUCUAUUAAUACCAAUGUGGCCCUGCAGAAGGAUCUGUGAAAUGAAUGCAUUUAAUAAAUCAAGUUUCAAUGGUAUAGAUGCAGUGGAUUAGACAAAGAUAGAUAGACAUAGAUGCAAGGAUGCGAAACGUCAAUAAAAUAAAUCAAGCAUCCCGAAAAGGAUGCCAAACAUCAAUAAAUAAGUAAAUCAAUCCAUCCAUUUCAACCGUUGAAAGUUGUUUUUUUUUACUGAGUGGUGUGAGUGAAAACCUAAGAAACAAAUAUGAAUACAUUAAUUUAUAAUUUUUAUGAUUUGUAAAACUACUUACGUAUUAACAACUAUAAAAAAAUCUACUCACAGGUUUUUCAAAGCGAUUAACAGAAACAGUACCUUCAAGGAAAUUAUCCCUUGAAGCAUGGAAUGUGCCCUGGUAAAGUUUGCCAUUCCUGAUACCUGUAUGUAUUUGGGUAGGAGUAAAAUGGGCAGGAUACAAGGCAUCUUUAGAACAAGUUUCUGGUAUAACAUUCUUUGAUAGUUUAUCGAUGAGGCCAACAAAGCCAUUCACAUUUUCUAUAUAAUCUUUGACUGAAACAUAAAUAAGUUAUAUAUGAAGAUUUUUUACAAGUAUAUUGUGCAGGUUGCACGGGUAGGUAAAUGAAGUUUGUUCGUGGCUGCACUUAGUACAUAGGACUUUAUUUCAGUAGCUUUGAUAAGUUAAAAUAUAAAACAAAUGAGUUUAGUUUGUAACAGUUAAGAUUUAUUUAUAAAAUAUUUUAUCUUUAUUAAAUGUAAAGCUUAUGGGAUACCUGAGCAACAUACAAUCCCUUCUUCUUGAGCAAUCUUCCUAUUGUUUUCAUCAUCUGUCAAAAGAACUAUUUGUGGAAAUUGACCAGCAACAUUAUUGACUGACAGAUGUAAAGCAUACCAACUAGCAGCUUUUCUUAUAGCUCGAUCAUUUCUAUCAUUCUGCUUCUCACCUGGAUUACGCUCCACAUAUGUGUCUCUAAAGAAUCAUUCAUUUACGUUUUGUAUGAUGAAAAUCUAAGCAAAUUCUAUGACUUUCUAAACUUUGAAAUACCUCAAUUAAUGAAGUUAAUGCUAUGACUUUCUUUGGUUUAAAACAGAGUAAAACAAAACAUGGCUUAAAUGAUAUUAAUAUUUUGAGAUAUCUAUGAGAAUAUAAAAUAUGAGACCUUAAAAGUUAAAAUGGAAUUAAUUAACAUCAAUAUUUCUAGUGAUUGUCUGUCUUACAAACAGAGAACUCUUAAAUACAAGUAAAUACUCACUUAUGGUGUUCAUUAACAAAAGAAUAAAAUUUUCUUUUUUUAUUAUUAAUGACUUCAAGGAUUCUUUGAAAAAUUGCUGUAUUUUGAUGUUUGACUUCCUCGAGUACCGUUUGUAGCAUGAUAACAUUUUUCAAAGCAUCCUCUUCAAGGACAUCAAUUUGAUGAAGGACUACAUUAGUAUCCAGUAAUAAGUAGUGUGGAUAGUCGAAUAGUGCACAAACGGAGUCUGGUUUUGAGUCUAAAACAUAUUCUUCAUCUUUGUGAGGGCAUAUAUUACAAGCACUCGAUCCACAAAGUAGGUCAUCCCGAAGAUAAUGUUCCCUGACUAUCUAAAAUAAAAUUAUUAUGAUGCUAAACGGUUUACUGAUCAGAAAUGUGGUUUUAAACUUCAACUAAAUCAAUAAGGUGACAUUAUAUUUUCUCAUACAGGUGCUUCUAUAAUAAAGAAGUUUUCUUUAAUAAUGAUAUUCGUUGUCUUAAUACAACACUUAAAAAUUUGUUGUUGUUUUCAUAGUAUCAAUUAUUAGCAGAAUAUUCAAUAGACCGGAGAACUUCGGACAACAUACUAAUUGAGAUUUUACUGUAGUUUCCUUAUUAUUGUAAACUAAACUUUUAAGUAAAAUGCGGUGCCUAAUCGACAGGUAUUUCAGAUCACGUUUGUUGUAUAAUAAUAUUCCUUAUUUUUCGUCAAUCAAUCUUCAAUACAAAAUUAUGUUUUGUUAACAAAUCAUACCCAAACAACAAACAAAAAUAGCUAUCGCCAAAUUAUUAUAACUUACUUUCAAAAUAUUUCCACGUUUUGUUUUUGUCAGAAAAGUUUUGGUUGUCCACAUAAUGGAUAACUAAAUAAAAAAGUGUAAAUUACAAAUUAAUAGACACCAAGUAUCAACAAAACUUCAUUCCUAACCUACAAAAAACAACAGCCAGUAGCACGCACAGAUUACAGAGUAAGUACACACAGAUUAAGUUAAGUACUGAUUUUCUUAAGGUUAUUCUAAUUACUCUAAUACAGGGCCAAGACCACAGUGAGAUACAAUAUUAAUGCCCUUAUUACUAAGAGGUCAUUUUAUAUUAAUGAUGAAUAGGAGAAUGGGUCAUGAAUAAUUAGAUUCUCGCUCGGUCAAACAAAGUUUUAUUAAAGCGUAGUCUGAACGUACCUUAAGGCGUUACAAAAUUCUUGUUCACUUUUCUUUACGCUCUCGUCAUUUAUACUUUCAUUCAUUAGCCACUCAUUCGUUCAUUAAUGUUCACACCAUUCUGUUUCUGUUCUGAUAGUUUUUUAGUGUCAGACAGAUGUACAGUGAAUCGGUCGACUGUUGGAAUUUCACACUAACACAGUGCGCACAUUGUUUGAUAAUGUGACAUUAUUGUGCUAUUUAUAUAACACAAAAUGCUGUUGAAAGUGUCAUUUAUACAUUGAUUAUAUAUCAUUAUUUUAGUGAGUUCAGUUAAGGGCCAACUGUUUUAAUACUGUGAUAACAGAAGUAAUUUAAAUAGUUUUCUGAAGUGGUUGUGAAUAUAUUUAUUAUAAAUGCCGGUGUCAAGUGUAUUCAAGUACCCUCAGCGAAUAUGGGAAGGCAUAUCCUCUACAUUUGUGCAUUUCAUCGAAAAAAUAUUUUUCUCCCUGGGAGUAAUAAUCGCCCGGCGCCCUUGGACUACCGUUAUCGUGACAUGGAUUUUUAUACUUCUAAGUAGUGCUGGUUUAUUACAAUUUUAUAUAGAGAAAAAUCCCAUGAAACUAUGGGUACCGCCAGAUUCGGACUUCUACUACGACACAAAGUGGUAUAUAGAUAAUUUUAACACGGGGUUCAGAUUGCAAAGGAUCAUAAUUACAGCUGAUGAUAUAUUAGAUCCGAAAGUUUUAAUGAUUUUAGACAACAUUACAAAUGAAGUAAACUCUAUAAAGGUUAAAUAUAAUAAUUCGUAUUUUUAUUUAAAGGAUCUGUGCUAUAAAGUUCCUGUUGUAAAUUUUAUGAAUAUAACCCAAAAUGUUAGAUCUGGUAAACAAUUGAAUGAAAAUAACAACAAUAAAACAAUUACAAACAGCCAGAGCGAUAAUGAAUAUUCAGAUCCAACUUUUUGGAUUGGAGAUGAUUUUUACUGUAGUUUUCUCAAUAGUUUUCAAAUGAGCUGUCUUCAGAAUAAUAUAUUAGAUUUGUGGAAUAAUAAUUCUACUGCCAUAGCAAAUUUAACGAAGUAUGAUAUUGUAAACAAAAUAAACAAUGUAAAAAUCAAUCCAGUAACAGGCCACCCCUUAGAUUAUAUUCAAUUAUUAGGUGGCACUAAACACGAUGAAAGUGGAAAUGUGGUAUCUGCCAAUUCAAUUUUGUUGACUUGGUAUACUGAAGUAAACAUGUCGUCUAUUGACAUAAAUGAAGUAGGUAACCUAGUUGGUACUGAAGACUGGGUUUCUGUUCCACUAGCUAUGUGGGAAGCAAAAUUUUUAGACCUUAUGCAAACUAUAGCUCAAAAUAUUACAGGGAUAAAUGUUGUUUAUGAAGCCGGUAGAAGUUUUGCUGAUAUAAGUGGUGAAACAAUGUUUCACGAUAUAGAUAAGUUAUUUAUGGGUAUAAUCCUUAUGUUUUUGUAUAUACAAUUUGCAUUAUCGAGAUGUAACUGGCUGGAAAUAAGAUUAACUCUUGGUAGUGUUGGGUUAUUAUGUGUAGGGAUGGCUUACGUGACUGCCGUUAGUUGGUGUUCCAUUAUUGGUAUUCCUUUUGGACCUGUACAUUCAUCAUUACCAUUUCUUCUUAUGGGUCUUGGUGUGGAUGACAUGUUUGUAAUGAGUGCUUGUUGGAGAAAUCUGUCACCAGAAGAAGCGCAAAAAAGUCUUCCGACUAGAAUCGGACUUAUGUUGGAGCAUGCGGGAGUUUCUAUCGUAAUCACAUCAUUCACAGACAUAGUCGCUCUACUUAUAGGAGCUAUUACAAUUUUGCCAUCACUAAAAUCAUUUUGCAUAUAUGCUGCUGUUGGCGUUUUUUUUAUUUUUUGCUAUUCUGUUACAUUUUAUGUUGCCGUGUUUACCUUAGAUGUUAUGAGAGUAGAAUCUAAUCGCAAUGGUUUAAUCUUUUGUUAUAAACAUUCAAAAUCAAUUUCUAUUUCAAAAGAAGACUCAAUAUUCCAAAAGAUAUUUUCGGGGUUUUACAAAAAUAUUGUAUUUACGACUCCCGGAAGAACAAUGAUUAUACUGUUUACUUUGAUAAUGACAGGAUUCAGUAUUGAAUCAAUACUCCAUUUAGAACAGAAGUUUGACCCAAAAUGGUUCAUACCAGAAGACACUUAUUAUAAAGAGUUUUUGGAUACCCAUGAAUAUUAUUAUCCCGAACAAGGACAUACUGCGAUGGUGUUUCUAGGAAAAAUGAAUUAUCAUCAUGAAUUCAAUAAAUUAUUUAACCUAACCCAAGAACUAAGUAACCAGACCUAUGUUGCUGGCGUUUCAGAUUGGAUACAACCAUUUGUCAAGUACGUCUCAAAAAAUUAUAAUCGUGAUUUGAAAAAUAUCUCUUUAGUCACAGAAAAUGAAUUUAAUACAUAUUUGACGAGAUUUCUGUUCAGUCCUAUUGGUGGUAGAUUCCAGAUAAAUUUUAAAUUUUCAUCUCCGAUACAGUGUGGUUUUCCUGCUACAAAUAUAACUGCAACAUCUGUGCCUUUUAAGUUUAAUCGAUUUGAAGGUCCAGUAGAGUAUAUUCCAGCCAUGAAUCAAGUAAAGAAUUUGAUAAAAUCCACAUCUUUUGAAACUGACGAUGGUUAUCGUAGUGUAUGGUCUAAAGCAUUUGCAAAUUGGGUUACCGAUGAGAUAAUAGCAGUUGAAGUUGAAAGGAAUAUAGAAUUGGCGUUAUUGUGUGUAAUGAUUUGCACAACAAUAUUGAUAACAAAUUUACAAAUGUGUCUGUGGAUAUUUAUAUGUGUGCUGUUAACUAUUCUAAAUGUGCUUGGUUGGAUGCAAAGAUGGGGCAUGACAGUCGACAUCGUUUGUUGUAUCGGCCUUGAGUUGGCUAUAGGUUUAUGUGUUGAUUAUGCCGCACAUAUCGGACACACAUUUUUGACCACAUCUGGUGGGUAUCGUACUGAAAGAGCAUUUAAGACAGUUACAUCGAUUGGUGGUGCAGUAUUGUUAGGUGGCGGAUCGACAUUUUUGUCGUUAUCUCUUCUUAGUAUGUCACAAGCAUACACAUUCAAAUCUUUCUUUAAAAUUUUUCUUCUAGUCAUAAUUUUUGGGCUUUUUAAUGGUUUAAUGUUUUUGCCGGUAGUAUUAUCAUUAAUUGGUCCGCAAGCACACAUUAAAAGAGACAAAGAUGACAAAUCACCGGAAACAGUGGAACUUACCGGUAAAUGCCAAAUAUUAAUUGUCGAAAAAGAUACUUAUUAUGUGGAGACGUGAUAUUUACUUAACAUUCUUUAAUCGAAAUUUGUUUAGAUCUAAAAUUGGUGUUUAUUAAUCUGCUGCAUUUGCUCCAGGGUAGAAUCUUGGAUAACGAUUUUAUAAAGGUCCAUCAUCACUAAUCUGCCUGAGCUAUAUUUACAUCUUUUGUUUUCAUUUAAUUUUUAAUUCUCAAUAAAUGUGCCUACACAAUAUUCUAUUGUUAUUUUCUCAGAUUAUAGAACAAAGGGUUAUUUUAUUGUAAUUAAUAGCAUAUGUUUGAUUAAAAUAAUUAUUUAAUAUUUAAAAGCAAAUAAUUACAAUUUAGUUUAAGUGAAAUUAUAACAGAUGUGAUGAAAUAAUGGCAUACAAUUAUUAUCUAUCAGACGAACCCAAUAUUUAGGAUUUCUGAUUAGCUUAGUUCUACCGAUAAGACUUUUAUUUUAUUUAUGAAUAUGUUAGCAAUCUCAUGAACAUUAAUGAUAAAAAUAUAAUAUGUACAAGUAAUUUAUUAGUUAAAGUAAUACCAUGCAAACCACGAUAUUAUUAAUUAGGAUUUGAUGUGUGAUUUUGAUUAUGUAAGGCCGCUUGCAUCCACAUUCUUAAUUCAAAUUAAGGUUUAAACCUGUAUAAAAACAUCAUUCCAGCUUUGUAAAUUGAUUAAAAUAAAAAAGAGACAGAAUAGGGCUCAAAAGCUUUUAAAUUUGAUUUGAGAACUUUGGUGCAAGUGAGCCUUAGUUUAGUAAUUGUAAUAAUUAAUAAGAAUGUGAAAGUUUAGUGAGCGUAUACGAAUUAGAAAAGCGAAAGAAAGGCGUCUUGAAUUAAUUAAUCUAGAUGUCCGCGUAAGUCUAGACAAGUGAGUUUCAACGUUAAUAUGAUGCAAUUAGUCACCGGGCAAAUAAAUAUUGCCUUCACUCCUUGCAAAUGUCGAAUAGGUAGUAAAUAAUCUUUCAUAUCCGACGAUAUUUUAUCCUGUCCGAUAACAGUGAAUAUAAUUUGAAUCGAGUUCUGUAAUAACAAUGUUAUUUACUAGCCGUUAUUCUUCGUAAACCUUUUUAUUUUGUUACCGUUUUAAUUUAUUUAUUGUUUAUUGUUAAAUGAAACCUAUGUUAGUGUGUACAUGUUAUUGUGAGCAAUGUGGGCUGAUAUAUGAAAUUUCAAAAAAGUUAGGAAGUCGAAGUUGAAAAUAUGCCUUGUAUUUAUCAAUUUCAUAUCUUAUAGGGCAAGCUUCAUAAAGGUACAAUUCCGUAAUGGGCUGCAGGCGACAACCGCAAGCGAGACUGCGGCUAACGACUGCGGCUGACCGUGCAUUGUGCAGCCGCGGCAUCUCGCUGCGCUCGGAAUCAAUUUCAUAGAGAUUCAUAGAAACUAGUAGUGUCGCCUGCAGUCUGCAGCUGCGGCCUGUGGUCUGCGGUUCAGUUCGGACUUGUACCUUUAAGGUAACAAAGGUUUAAGAACUAUAACGUACGUACAUUCGCGCAAUCAAAGAAUAGAAUUGAAAAAAAGUCUAUUUACCCUUCACUCACAUAAUAUUGAAAUCCAUAGGUACCUACUAUGUGAGUGAGUGAGUAAUAGAAAACAGUAUAUUUUUUGUAGAGGUAAAUAAAAGUGCAGCUAUUUUUACCAAUGGCAUUCUUUAAUUAACUUUAUUAACACUAAAAUUUAAAUUAUAUACACUGCAAGUGGACCAAUGACAAACUAUAUGUGUAUAUGUAUUACCUAGCGUUAAAAACCUAGCACAGAAACUAUUUAAAUAUAGUUAUAUUCUUAUCUUUAAAUGUAAAUAAAUUUGUUGUGAUAACUACACGAAAUAUAUAUGUAUAUAUAUUUUUAUAGUUUAUUUUUCUUUUUUUUACUUCCAUUGCCAGACACAUUUACUUAGAUUAUAAAUCAUCUGGAAAUCUGCAAAUCAACACCAAUUUUUCUUGUUGAUUUCGAUCGGUCGGAGAUAAUAAAAACUAGGUACCUAUAUAGAUGGAGUUUGGCCCUUCGGCGCAGAAUCUCGCUACGAUUGGUCUUUAAAAUGAUAACUUCUUCUAUUUGCUUACGUAUAAAAUAAAUAAGAAGUAUUUCUAACACACACUAAUUAGCCUAGCCCCAAAGUAAGCACUUAAAGGCUUGUGUUAGGGGAUACUAGUGUAACGGAUAGUAUACAUAUACUGCUACAUAUAUAAGUAUAUUUUAUCUAGAAAUACAUAUAAACAUCCAUGUCUUAGGUACAAAUGCUCAUAUUAAUCGUACUAAAAUUUGUGCCACCUGGACCUCGCGAGUAAGACAACUUGAAACCCGGCGUACCUACCACUCGGCCAAGGAGAUCGUAACGAAAUAAUAACUUGAUUCUGAAAGCUGUUACCAGUUCAAAACUCUGAUAUGGUUCUGUGGCACUGUUACAACGAUGUCGUUCUUUCAAAAUAAUAAAAUUUAAUUAUAUAAUUAAAUUCAUUAGGUAGUGUACUUCUUAAUUAAUGUAGAUGUGGACUAUAACCACAGCUCUAUUUAUAGAUACUUACAGAACGUCACAAAUGAUGACCUGAACUGUCAAUAUUUUUAAUUAAUAACACAAGCUCAUACCUAGAGUUAGUGAAUGAAGGAUUAUUAUUUUUACCCGACUGCGUUCAAUUCUGUGGCACUGGCUCAAAUGGGGCGCCAGCGUUUCAGCUGCUCCUCCAAAAACGGUUCUAUUUUCUAAGACCGUCUACGCACAUCCUGCCGCAAGGGCAGUCUAAAGUGUAAAAGUGGGGAUGACCUUAUUAAUUACCUCCUUAAUUGUGAUAUGUGUUGGAAAGCAGGGGCAAUUUUCUACAUUUGAAUAAAAACGUUUUUUUAUAAAAAAGAAAAUAUUAAGACUGAGAAAAAGCAUUAAUCAGAAUCUAGCUGUUCAAUUCUGCUCAUCUCUGUAUUACCGCCGGAGUACGCCACAAUAUACGAACAUGCAUCCUUUGUGUAAACGAAAGUUUUAAAUCGAGUUUAUGAACGCAACUUAAAGUGUUGAAACAUUAAAAAAUAAACUUAAACUUGACAUUUGGUUGACGAUUUAGGUUCAGUGUUUCCACAAUGAGGGGAAAUUCCCCUUUUAAGGGGAAAUUAGGGUCCAGAGGGGAAGAAAAAGGGGAAAGACAUGAAAAGGAAUUGCGGGAAAUUAUGAGUAAAGCAUAGCCUAAAAUAAUAUGGCACGGAACAAUUUUUUUAUGGACUAUAACGUGGACUAGAGUGUUGCCGUAUAAAAGAAACUGUGGCAACACGUGCAGAUUUUAUAUAUUUUAUUUAUCUGUUAUAGAAUAAGAUAGUAUAAGACCUUUUUUUAGUUACUACACUAGUGCCAAAUCUAAAAACUACAGCAGAAUAAUUUUUGAGGGGAAAAUUGUCCUAAGAAGGGGAAAUCUGAAUUGAGGCAUGGGGAAAGGAAAUCUUUAAAGUGGAAACACUGUUUAGGUUAUCAACCAGCCAUACCCAUAGCUCAAUAUAUGAAAAAAAUAUCAAACAAUAUUAAUUAUCAAUAUUUAUUAUUGUUUCUUUACAAGUGUUUAGUUUUUAUUCUACAACUAGCGGCCCGCCCUCGCUUUGCUUUGGUGUAGAGCUGAAGUGUGGACUACAGUUUUUGUUCUCAGGCUUGUAUUAUACACAAUGACAGUCUCAGCCCGAUCGGUUUAAAAUUGACAAAGUUUCAUACAAACUUUCAUUCCCUAUUUUAUCCCCUUGGGGGUAGAAUUGAUCAAAAUCCUUUCUUAGCGGAUGCCUACGUCAUAACUAGGGAUGCAAAGUCUUUUGAAAUAUCGAUAUUUAUAUCGAAGUCAGGAAAACAUCGAUAACCGAUAUAUCGACCAUUUUAACUCGAUAAUAUCGAUAUAUCGAUUUUUUUUCUUUUGGUUUGUUUUAUUGACAUUAGAAUACGGGGUGAGUGUGACACAUUCAUAUGUUUGUUGGCGAGUUUCUCGCAAAAUGCAUUGAAGCAGCUUUUUCGUUAAACACGUUUGAUGAAAUCGUGCCAAGCAGGAUUUUUUUUAUUGGCUCGCACGGUUUGUGUUUCAGCCACGACAGGAAACCAAAAAAUUAAAAUUAUUAUCCUGAUCAGAUUACUCACAUUCGUUAGCACAAAUGCGCCAACCCGCAUAUGUGGGACGUGCCCAUGGCUUCAGAAUCGGGUAAGCCCAAAGCUUCCAAAAUUACUAUACCUAUCUUACUUUCUUGACUUGGCGAGCUUAAAAAAUUUACGCUUUUUAUACGAUUCUUAAUUUUAUUUUGUGUUUUAUUACACUGAUAUUAAAUUUCAAUUAAUCAGUAGUUGACAAUUAUCUAGAAAGAGAGGCAAGGAUUUUAUUUAAGUGCAUGAGUUACCAUUAGGUAUACGAUUAUAACUACAUACGUUGGUGUCGAUUCUGGCAUGAUUAUCUAAACUUAAAACUAAAUUCAACAUCAGUCUCUCCUUUUCAUUCUGUAUAGAGAAUGACAAGGAUACACUGUUGUCAAAUUUAAUUUUAGGUUUAGAGAAUCAUGCCAGAAUCCACACCAGUUUAGUAUAUUUCUUGGGGUUCAAGAUUUUUUUAAUACAUCUAUAAGCUCUUGAGAUUUCAAAGCAAUAGUUAUUUCGAUAUUAUUCAAUUUAGAUAGUCAUAGCAGGUACUAUUGUGUUCAAAUUUAGUCUACGAAAUAUCGAUAUUUUGGAAUUUCUGAUAUCGAUAUUAUCGAUAUCAGUGAAUUUUAAAUAUCGAUAUUUUGGUCUCGAUAUUAUCGAUAUUCCGAUAUAUCGUUGCAACCCUAGUCAUAACAUCUACCUGCAUGUCAAAUUUCAGCCCGAUCCGUCCAGUGAUUUUGGUUGUGCAUUGAUAGAUCACUAUGUCAGUCAGUCACCUUUGAGUUUUAUAAAUAGAUUAGCUGAGUGCUAAAAAGGGUUCCAAGAUUUUUUUGCAAAUCGUACUUUUCAAGCCACAAUACACAAGCAUGUACUUCGCGUUUUUACCUAUAAAACAAAUCGGGGAGCAAACAUGGCGGACGUAGGAUGUCUUUAGUCGAUACUUUUUAUCGAUGUUAUGUUUUUCUUUGUUGUGGUCAAAGCUUAUAGGGUCACAUGAAUAUACUGGAGAAAAGGGUUGAAGGCAGAGAAGAAUCUAUUUUAUUUUUUAAACAAUCAGAUAUUUUAUUCAACGUAAAUCAAAUUUACCACUGUUAUUAAAUACAAGGACAGCAAUAAGAAAUAGCUUAGCAAAUUUCACAAACCUUUUCGUUAUUCGUCUGCAUGUGCACAUUAUGAUAAAGGCUGGUGUUUAUUAACUUUUAUAAACCAUUAUUACAAUAUCAAACUUAAAGUAACUCAAGGGCAUGUCGAUGAUAUAUUAUUGAAAAUAAAAUUCAAGUGUUAAUUAUAAAGAUUUAUUUUAGGUGUUAAAAUUCAAGAUUCAUAUAAUCCGUUUAGGCUUCUACAAGCACAUAUGAAAGUCGAAAGCUACGCCGUCGGUUCUCAAAUCUACGGCAGGAAACCUUGUAUACUGAGAAGAACCGGCAAGAAACAUAGGCUGCUUUUUUCUCCCUGUCUUAUUUUAUACAGUGUCGUUAAAUUGAAAGCUGUCAUCAAAAUCAUACACACUUAUUGAGGUCAACUUCCAUAACAUAAUAUAAAAUAGGAAACAAUAAAUAUACAAAAGCCACGAAAUAUCCAGUUUUCCAUAAACAAUUUUUAAAAUAUAUGAGCUUUUGAGGAGACAAGUUUUAUAUGAUAACUUCAAAAAUUUGCUACAGGCAAUAAUUAAGGCCAGGCGGUUUUAUCGCUCGUGAGGUAGUUUUUGUGUGUAUCUCUUAUCUAUUAGACAAGUCCGUCCGUCCGUCUGUCUGUGGUGCUGUUUCAGCGGCCAAACCGUAAGAGAUAGAUAAAGAGAAUAUUUAAGUUAUAAGUUAAGAAUAGUCUGAGAAGACUACAAACCGGAUUUGAGUAACGUAGCACUUCCGGUUUUCAAGAAAUCACGAAUUUCAAACGAAACCACACAAAAUCUCCGAAGUUCUCAAUUAAUUAAAUACAUUUUUUUUUAAAUCAGGUUUUGGUGAACAUUUGGUUCAGUGGUUUGCUAGUAUUAUAAUAAUAACAGCUAACCAUUUCAAGGUCAGUCUAAGUAUAUACGGAUGUAUGAGAUUUAUUUGAGCAGGAUGGUUGACAGACCUGAAACAAAAAACAAAACAAAAUAUAUUUGUUUCUAAGUUUUCACGCACAACACUCAUUAAAUAAAACAAGUUUUGAACGAGUAUAAAUGUAUUUUUAACACUUUUUCACUGUACUUUUGAAGCUUCGCAACCUUUUCAGGAUGUAUGGAAAAUGUAGCAAGGUAUUUCGGGUCCGCUAAGGAGCUGUGGUAAUCACUGCAUACAAUUUUUGAAACCUAUUUAUUCCAUUUAUAUUUUGGUAAUAGCAUGUGUAAAUUUCAUAAUUUUGUAAUAAACUACAAAAUAUUAAAAGUGUAUCUAGUGAAUAAGCGGUUUUUUUGAGACCCAGAAGUCUAUACUAUGGUAUCAUUAUUUUUUAGAGUAACUUUGUAAUCGCUUUUCUUAACGAUUUUAGUUAAAAUUUUAGUUAAAGAAAGUUAAAGUUUAGUUACUUAUGGUAGUUUAUUGUUUUUCAUAAACUGAAUUAAUUCGUAGGGUUAAAUAAAAUUUUGUUCACAUUUUAAAUCUUAGUGGUGAAACCAAAAUUAUUAUAAAAUUCCACAUGCUAAAGUAAUUUUACAGGAAUUUCCAUUAAAUUUAAUUUGAAAUUACAUUUUUAAGUUUAAUUUACCAUAACAAUGAUAAAAAGUAGAUAAAAUAUUUUUUAAUGCUUUAAAAGUGUUUCAAUGAUUUUUAGCCUAUCCGCCUUCGAAUCAUAAUCAUAAUCUUUAUUUGCUAAAAACACGGUAUAUAGGUAUUACAUAAAGUGAAUUGAGCACGUGUUUUGCCAUUUUAAAAAUAGCAUGCAAAUACAUAAAUGGAACCAAUAAAAAAGAGAUUAUUUAAUUAUAACAUUUUCCUGUAGAAUUAUGAAUGUCAGAGUUACCUAAUAUUAUGUCAAUAAAAUAUACAAUAUCAACGUAUUAAUAUUACAAAAUUUCUAAAUGUCAGAUAUAAAAAAAAUAUGAAAAAGAUACAUUUAUCAUAGUUAUUAUAGGAUAAGUUAUCAUUAAUUUUUAUAAUUGAAAAAACUUUUGAGAUCAUAAAUAUUGUUUUCAUUUAGCCAUUUAUAUAGUUUAUUUUUAAAUAUGUUCAUAUUUAGCAUUUUCAUGUCGGGUGGUAUUUUAUUAUAGAUCUCGACACAAAGGCACAAGCAACUUUUCCUAUAUUUGUCAGACUUUGGGACCUCAUUAAAUAUCAUUCUGUAAGGGUCUCUAAGCCGGAAAUUAUUGACCCUCUUGAACAACUGCUUGUGCCCUUGGACAAACACUGCUAAUUCAUAUAUGUACAGCGAUGGCAGCGGCAACAAUCCAAGACUUUCAAAUAAUGGUCUACGCCAUUGGUCCGGCGGGAUUCCACAUAUUGCCCUAAAGCACUUCUUUUGUGCAAUAAAGGUUAUAUUCCUAUCCGUGCUAUUGCCCCAGAGUAUAAUUCCGUACCGAAGGAUGGAUCCUAUGUAGGCACGAUAACACAUAACAGCGGUUUUUUUAUUGGUUAAGUUUUUUAUGCUUUUCAGAGCGUACACAAAUUUAUUUAUUUUAUAACUUAACAUAUCUAUAUGGGUUUUCCAGUUUGUACUUUGUCAAUGUUUACACCUAGGAAUUUUAAACUUUCUACUUCUUUGACUUUUGCUACGUCUAAUGUAAAAUUAUAUUUUUUAUGUUUAGAUUUAUUAAAUUGGAUAUAAUAGGAUUUAUUAAUAUUGAUUUUAAGAUUAUUUUCAUUUAGCCAUUUAAUGAUCGUGUCAGUAAUUCCUUUCGUCAACCUCCGACAUUAACGUUAUUUAUUGGUAUUGUUUAAAGGGUGAUUAACAACAUUUGAAGUUAACCUCUGGCGUCUACAUAUUUGGUUUCUGUGAAUUAUGUGGGUAUAUCAUAUUAAGAGACUAGGAUAUAACACUGUAUUUUUGUAUAUCAUAAUCUUAGAGCCGGUCGUUGAUAUGAUAAUGCAGCCACUGCCAAUUUUAGAUAGUCGACGAAUAAAAGUAAAUGAAUUUUAUAUUUUCUUCUAAACUACUAAAAAGAACAAGUUAAUGAUCACUUUUUGAAAACGUUAUAGUUAAUUUAUUAAAAAAAUUACAGGCAUUAGAUAUAGAAGUAACGACUUGAUUUACGAGUAACUUCACACAUUUUUGCGAAAAUUGAGGCCCUGACCCUGCUGGUAAGGCCUCUAUGUUUUAAUAAAUCAAUCGGUCUAAAACCAUCGCAAGGUACUUAAUAAUUCCCGCGAUAUUAAUUCCCUUACUUAAAUGACAAGACUACGGCAUAUGCCACCUUAUAAUACUAAAAAGUGUGAAAUAAAAAUGAUAAAUUUAAAAAUCAAAAAACCCGACUGCUAAUAAAAUAUUACCUACUUCUUAAAAACUAAAAAAAAACAAGUCAUUUUUUCAUCCCAGUUUUUAUAGUUUUCCCUUUAUGUGGCCAUUAAACCCUAACUCUGUACCAAAUUUCAGCUCUCUGAGUUUAUGGGAAGUACUAGUUCUAUUCUGAUGAUCAUGAGUGAGUGAGUGAGUGUCAUAAAUGCGAAACUUUGCUUUCUCUUAACUUGGGAACUAAAUAACCUACAGACAUGAAAUUUUGGAUUUUAAGUAUGUGAUUAUAGCUUACUGAAUUACGAAAAUUUCUACGUUCUGGUCUUAUCCAGAGGUUCUCAAAUAGGGGCCUGAAAAUGCGGCGAAAUGGUUCCAGUAAAGGAUGGUACAGCAGUGUUUACUUCGCGCUCGACUUGGAGGGGGCACUGCCGUGCCCCCCGAUACAAAGUGUGCUAAACUAAUUUUGUCAUUAGGUCCAAUCAAGGUAGGUAUGCAAAAACUUUAAUGGAGUCUAGGACUGUAUUAAAAAUAAAAAAUGCUUACGUUUUUCAUGCGAGAAAUAAUAUAUCAUUGCGAGACCGAGUAAAUAACUCAUUUGUUUGAGGAAAAACAAUGAUAUUAUAUAAAUAUCAUUGAGGAAAAAUAAAUAAAAUUGCGGAAGUAUUUUAAUUUAAAGCGCCUUCUGAAAUGUAAAUAAAGGCAGUACCUGGUAGUAGUCAAGACAUUAAUGUCCUUUUGGUUUUAAUCGAACCUUAAAUGUAGUACUUACGUAUAAUUAUUAUAUUUAUCACAGUUUACUUUAUAAUUGCUUCUAAAAGAACGAUAAAAAUUGAGGAAAGGUACGUUAGUAUUACUUAACUAGGUAUAUUUUAUACGAAGCUGUGCUCUUCAUUAUCCACUUCACCAGGUAGUACUUUCUGAGAGUAAAAAAACGACUUUAAAAAAUAAAGUACCUACGAGUACAAUCUUUGACAUUAAUGAAAUGAAUAAAAAUAUUGAAGUAAUUUACGGUUGAAGACAUUUAUUUUCUCAAAAGAAUUUACAAAAAAUCCACUUACAGACAAAAAACACAGACAAAAAAAAUAUUACGUCGUGUCAACUAACAAUUUGAAAAGGUAGGUAGAUUAAAUUAACAACCAAAAGAAAACAAUCACAGUCUCUGCGCGUGCGAACAGCGGAGAUACAUAAAGGCAACAACACAGUGCAGGAUAUUGCGGUGCGAACAUUCUUACUUAGAAAUAAUAUGUAUAACAAAAAAUACGAAUCAUUUAAGUAGAAAACACAGAUCAAAAAUACGUAUAUUAUUAUAUGUAUGUAUAUAUGUUUUAAUAAUUUGUAAAUACUAGGUUAAGUUCGUCUUAGUAAUAAAGGAAACUUAUAGUAUGUUAUUACUGAAUGUUUUAUGUUACUUUUAUGAGUAUCACUAUAAAAGUAACAUAAAUGAUUGGUCUCGCUUCAAGCGAUUGAUGUGAUUUGACUUCGUAUAUCUUUUGUCAUUAUUUUUUGUAAUAUGAAUGCAAAUAUUAUAUUUAUAUAGUUUUUAUAUAGAUUGUUUCAGUAGGUGUAGUAGGUAGGUUCGGUAGUAGAUAGUAGAUACUUAAAGAAGAUUUUAAUAGUUUAUUUUAUUUGUAACCCUUUAAGAUGUGAUCUUGCUGCGGAUCCCCAAACUUCAAUUAUAUAUUCUAAAUUAGCUUUAACUAAGGAGUUACAGAUGAGAUAUUUAUCAUUUUUAGGAAGACAACCAGCUUAGGGCCCCAGCCAAGGAUGUUAGCUAUCGAGUCUACAUGUGAUUUUCAUGUAAAUUGAGUAUCGAGAACAAGGCCAAGAUAUUUCUCUGAAUUUACUUGAUUUUAAGUUGGGAGUGGUUAGUAAUAUUUUUGUUCUUUUAGGAGCGAAAAUAAUAUAUUUCGUUUUUAGUACUUUUAUAGUUAAUAAAUUUGACUGUAACCAAGUAUGCAGGAUGUUCAAAUCAUUUUGUGAGUGAUUUAUAAAUGUUUCGACGGAAUGACCAAAGUAAAAAAGACUAUUUGUUUCUUAGGUUUUCACGCACAUCACUCAUUAAAUAAAACUAGUUUUUACGGGUUAAUGCACGAAAUUUUAUUUAUUUAUUGACGUUUCG